AUGUCCAAGCUGGUUUUUGGGCUCCACGGAGAACCUGCAGAAUGGGAUCAGCAGCGCGAUUGGGGACGCCACCUGGCCCGGCUUCACGUCAGCCUGAUGGGCCUGAUCAGGACACCGCUGGACAACGAGAUCACCAAGGCCUUUGCCUUCCCAAAGACGUGCACCAUCGGCAUGUUGGGCUCGCACUAUAUCCUCCAUCUGUCAACGAUCUCGGUGUGGUACAUGUUGGACCCCCACGGCAUCUCCCGCGCCACCUGA